GUUGGAGGAAAGGUCACCGCGAUGGGAAGUGGUGCCACCAACUUCCAGUACCGAAAGGUCCUCAACCGUGAGAGUGCUAAUGCCAUAGAGGUCAUUUCCAAUAUCCCCAGGACUCAAUAUGUCCCGGGCUGCUACCAGAAAACGCUCCUUUGCUGCUGGAACAUGGGCACGUGCAAGUGGUGCAAAUGCAACUGUAAUUGUUGCAUAUCCGGGAAGGUGGGAGAGAUCGAAGAACACCGGCAAGGGGGGGCAGUUGUGUCGUGUCGUUCUUGGUGCCGCACCAACUCGAAUUUCGUACGUCCAACACUUGGAUUCGCCGAUUGGUAUAACAACUACAUAUCUAAGUGCGAGUAAUAUAUUGCAACACCGUCUCCCGCUACGUGCACGCACCUGCCUUUCAUUUUCUCUAACUCUCUUGAGUUCAGGCAAGCGAUGACACAUCCUGUUCAUAUUUUCUGCGUUAAUUCGAGUUGUCCUACUUCCUCUCUCUCUCUCUCUCUCUCUCUCUGUAUACUGCUGCUGCCUCUGUUGCUGGUGCUGGUGGUGCUACAGUACCUCCAUGCGAAAGCGGCGGCCGAGGAGAGCACAUACACGUGGAUAAUGGAGAACCGGUUGGAGUACAACGAGUGAGUAAAACAAAAGCAACGCGGUGAGCGGGAGGUGGGGGGCGACAGUUGGUUAGGGGCGGGAAGUGGUUGCGAUUCACCUCCUCGGCCCUUGGCAUAAUCGGCUCUAGACCUCGGGUAUAUCCGUGGAUGGGGGAAUGAUGCAUGUACUGUGACGCACACCGAAGAAAGGAUCCCGUGUCAUUUUGAGAUAAUAGUCACCCUCGCACGUCUGCGAGGCGUCACCAUUCGCAAAAUGUGGCGUCUUGCAGCAGCGGAGGUGGCGGUGCUGCUGUAGCUCGUAGACUUUGUAGUCUACCACAGAGGUUACACUGCUGUCACCGCUCUAUCACAGAGGUUGGUCUACACUGCUGUGAGGUCGGUAGGCCCGAGCGAGCUUUGGAAAGAGAAAUGUAGAUCGAUUUUCUUAUCAACUGACUCCCUGGUCAGGCUUCGAUGGGUGCUAAAUGAGAGUGAGCACAAGGGGCGAAGGCGCGCUUGUGUCUCAUCUCAACAACAAAAACAAAAACAAAAAACAAGCAGCAAAAACACAGCAGGUUCCGAGGGUCUCCGGGGUAUUGGCCCGAGUACCGGAAUUUCGGGGUUCGGAACAAUAAAACAACUACAGUCUCGCUUGCCAAAUUAUCUCCGCUACAACUCUGUGCUCAUGUUCUCUGCUGAGUACCAUCUCUUCUUUCUGUACUAUGUCUACGGAAGGCUAGUUGCCGCAGUCGCACCUAUGGUAAACUGUGCCUGACUACGUUGUAACAGUUUUCCUCGACAACCAUGCGCUAUGAUCGACUUGUGUUCUUUCAAACCGAUGGCGACGAGAAAAGUAAAAAUAUGUCAGCCUUGACGGCAUGGUUUUCACAAGAUUGUGCGUUGUGUGGUUAGCUUAUUUGUACUCAUGAAGCAGCGCUACCCACCUGCCUGUGUGUCUGAUCAUCAUCAUCAUCGCCCCUGUCAACUGCACACCGCGUGCACACAGAGCGAGGGUAGUUCCCAAGGGGCAGCUGCUCGACUUUUUAUGCUGCAACUUUCAGGUCGAAGAUACCGCCCGCGUGAAGUACUUCGAUAAUGACAUGUGAGAUAGUAGUGCGAUAGCGGUGACUCGCAUGCUUCAUCUUAUCCAUCAUCGGCCGCUACUGCUUGUGUGCCUUACUUCGAGCGACCAUGAUGUACUGUACUCGAUUUCUCUUUUUGCGGAAAUCAGAGCCGCCCGUGUGACUACACCCACGCAUUGUUUGGUACAGUCUGUGGGUGGCAUGGUGUGACUCACUGAUAUCAUCAUAUUCUAUGUUGAAAACCUUUGAGAGUGGUUUUGGGUUCUUUCGUUCAGUAGUUCACCCCACAUUUCCAUGAGGUAACGUGCGCUUGCAUGAUCAUCGCCGAAUUAUACUGCAGUGCUAGCAGUCAAACAGACCGUGGAUGAAAGCGGUGCUAUUCACAAGCAAGGGUCGCACUAUCUAUCACCCCUACAGUACGGAAAAUGCGAGACACUUCAAACUGGGAGUGCACCGCGUGCAGCGAUAGCAAAAAUGCCGAUACCUGGUGAAUACCUCGUACCCUUGCUCGUAGUCAAGUAGUCUACAGGCCCCAAAUGGCAUUCACCCACACGCCCACACCGCUAUGCGAUACACAUCCCAACAAAGCCACGCCCAUACGUACAGUACGUACCGCAGACCUGCCCGAGUGCGCUCUAAUAAUAAAUAGCAUACUUACUCAUAGUCACAACCAGCUGGCGCCGCACUUAAUACUCUUUGCAGUCUCCGAAUUCAAGUCCAAACGUCGAACCUUACAGGGUGACCUGAUGAAUUUGUUAAAGGUUCGACUACAUCACCGUGGAGGAUUCACCGACGGGCUGCUCUCGCUGGUGCUGCGGCACGCCUGGUGACGCAAUCGUAUUCAAGACGGCUUGUUGCCUCUGUCGCACAGCCAAAUACUGUGGGAUCGAGAAACAUCGCAUCAACGUGAAGACCGGCGACGGGAAAGAAAUUUCGGGGAUCAUCACGACAGCUCGCGACAACGCACGUGCAAAGAUGGGCUGACUUCUGUGCGAAUUUCGGUUUUUAAUGGCUCGGUUUUGUUGAGGAGCGCGAAGGUUCUGGCUGAACAGAAUCCCACCGCCAACAUUUCCGACGGCGAGUUCAAAUGGUGACGCCUUUGCGAUAUAC